AUGUCCUUCCCUCAGAACAACAACGGCCUUCCCGACGGCUCCACGCCCAUUAACGGUGGCGGCAUGGACGGACAGAUGGGAGAGCUUGACUCGUGGAUGGACGAGCAGUUCAUUAAGAGCCUUUACCAGAAUCAGACUGGCGACGUCGUGAACGUGAAGAUCAUCCGCGACCGCGGCACUGGCAACGCCGGCUACUGCUUUGUCGAGUUUCCCACGCCCGAAUCCGCCAACAAGGCCUUGACCCUCAACGGCACUCCGAUUGCCGGCUCCAACGGUCGACACUUCAAGUUGAACUGGGCUUCUGGCGGCGGCUUGGUUGACAGACGCGAUGAGCGCGGCCCAGAGUUCUCGAUCUUCGUCGGGGACCUCGGCCCGGAGGUCAACGAGUUCGUCCUCGUCUCUCUCUUCCAGGCUCGUUUCCCGUCUUGCAAGUCCGCUAAGAUCAUGACGGAUGCUACCACCGGACAGUCGCGCGGUUACGGGUUUGUGCGCUUCGCCGACGAGGGAGACCAGCAGCGAGCUUUGCACGAGAUGCAGGGCGUGUACUGCGGCAACAGGCCCAUGCGUAUUAGCACUGCGACUCCGAAGCAGCGAAACCAAAACCCCUACAACGGUGGUGGCCAUGGCCAGAUGAUGGCGAACCCAAUGCAGGCUGGCAUGGGUUGGGGCAUGCCUCAGCCUGGACCGUUCUAUGGUGGUGGCGGCGGCGGUUACCCGGGUGCUGGCAUGGGACAAGCUCCUAUGAACCAGUUCACUGACCCGAACAACACUACUGUCUUUGUCGGUGGACUGUCGGGCUAUGUCACCGAGGACGAGUUGCGUUCCUUCUUCCAGGGAUUUGGCGAAAUUACCUACGUCAAGAUCCCUCCCGGAAAGGGCUGUGGCUUCGUUCAGUUUGUCCACCGUCACGCCGCCGAGAUGGCGAUCAAUCAGAUGCAGGGAUAUCCUAUUGGGAACUCUCGCGUCCGCCUUUCUUGGGGCCGCUCGCAGAACAACUCUGGCGUGGGUACUCCUUACCGUCCUGCUCCUCCUCCUCCUCAUUACGGCAUGACGCCUCACGGUGGUCCUGGCCCUUACGGUCCUCACCACUUUGGUGGUGGCAAUCCUCCUCCUCCCCCGAUGGCGAAGGCGUUGGGCGUGCGGCGUUUCGGCUGA